GUUGGUGCCGCCCUCCUCGCCGCGCUCCCGGGCUCGGUUGCUUUGCAGGCGACUGUCCCCUCCUGCACACCCCGCGAGCACCGCUGGCUGCCGGGGGUUACAGAUUGUUGGGAGAGGAUCCGAAGCAAUUGCCAACUGUUCUGGUUCCCAGCUGAGCAGUCCUGAGGGAGCAGCUCUGUGCAGAACAGCCAUUUUGAGCUACACGCUCACCAUCUAUUGUUUUCCUCCAGAGAGAUCCCUGAAUACAUUGCACAGGUCCCGUGCCACAUUCACAACCGUUGUGUUGAAUUUGCAACUAUUUGUUGAAAGAAAAUGUAAUCUAAAGCCAGGAAGCAAGAAGGUUACCGUUGUAUGCUCAUGCUAACAAAUGAGCUAUUUUGGUUUUGUUUUCAGGAACAGUUGCAGCGUUUACCCAGCUGUUUCUUAAUGAGAUGAAUGAGUUUACCCAGUGGUCGACCGUCAAUCUAAUAAUAAUUCCUGUUGUCCACUUUUGUCUUCUUUUCCUCCCACUUAUUUUAUUCACGAUCCAGUAUGUUGUGCCUUAAAGCAAGAAAGUCUUAAUUUUUUUAAGGCUGCAAGGCAAAAGUGCACAAUGAAAAUGCUAGGUGAGAAAAGCUGUGCAGGUGAAAAUCACUGCCUUCCUAGGCUCCCUCAGUGCGGUUUACAUUUGCAUGUUAAAAGAUUGGGAAAUGAACAAUUUAACUGAAGGAAAAGUGAAGGUAUCAGGUGAGCCUGGGGCAGAUUUCUGGCAGGUGUUGGUAAAUGUUGAUGUGUUUGAAGGGCCCGCUAGCACAGCUGAUUCCCAGCUCUAUUUGCUCUCCCUGGCGUUCAUCCUCUCGCUCUCAGGUUCCUUGCCCAGUAAGCUGCCCACGGGCACCCUGGAAUAGUCUUUACCGUGCUGGGCAUGCUGGGUGUGCUCUGACCCUGGGUCUGCAGCAGAAAAACGGGAACAGCAGUGCUGGGCAAGGCUUCCUGAGAGACGAGGGGGACUCGAGAUGGUCCUCAGCCCCUGGUACUCGUACAGGUCCAAGCCGGUGCUGCUGCUUCCUCCAGAGCUGGGACUGGUGCCCGCCCGUGCCCCCGCUCCCGUUCAGCCCUAGCAGGAGAGCAGGGACUCGGCUACAGCUCAGUUGGGAUCUAACAGGGGGUUAAUGAACACUCAGCCUGUGAGGAAAAAGGCAGAUUGUCCCAUUCUCAUGUAAAUUAAUUUGAGAGACACGGGCAAUGCUUGGCUGUCACAGAUCACAAGCACAGAAAAUGCCAAGGCUGAACCUGGCCGCGGUAUUCUCAGUGUUUCUGUGACGAACUAUUGCCUGCACUUUCCCAUUACCUUUAGACCUGCGUUGUCCCCGACAGUCUGCUGUCCACUGGCCAGCAGCUGUGCUCUUGCACUUCCAGGACCCCCAGGAAUGCUGCGGCCCUCCCUGGGGACAGGGACUGUCUGUAGCCAUCCUGCGGUGCCACCGCAGAGCCCAAGCUGCUGCUGGCAGAGCUCGGCUCGGGGGGAGCUCGGGCAGGGAGGGUGGGUCCUGCUGGGCUCCCUCUCCUCUGCAGCCCGUGGGGCAGCACAGCAGGCGUGGGAGGGUGGAUUGGCUUGUUGUCGAGCUGUAGGACCCGUAGCUCACAAGCCACCACUUGUUCUUUGGAUCAGUUCCCUCAGUUACUCUAGGAGAUGGCUGAGGAGUGGUUUUGACAGGAUGCCACUGAUUGCUUUCUCUCCAUCUAAAGUGGUUUGGGGUUUGAGCCUCCCUUGGGUUUUAUUUUCUGUGCCGAGAUGGUUGUAACCUUCCCUGCUGGUACCUGAGAGCAACUGUUGUUUCUGUCUAGAUAGCCCAUCGAAGAUGUAGAUGAUGAAGAGGUGUUUUCCCCCUCUGCCUUGGGAUCAAAUGCCUCUGUCACAGACCAGGGCAUUUCUCUAAGGAAAUGGAUACAUCUUCCGAAAAAUACCCAGUCAAAAAGCGAGUGAAAAUUCAUCCCAGCACAGUAACAGUGAAAUACACCUCUCAUUACCCCCAGCCAGGAGAAGAGGGAUACGAGGAUGUUAAUGAAGAUACUGGAGUAUUUAUGGAGGAUAAUCCUAAGAGAAGACUAUUGAAUGAUGGGAAAAAGAGAGAAAAGACUUUUUUUGGUGCAAUAGACACCAAUCCAGCACAACUGCCAAAAUGUGACGAGGUCGGACAAUCCCAACAUUUCCCUGAAGGAAAUGUACUGCAAUCCAGGAAAACAUGGGCAGUGCUUUUUGGGUCUGCUGUGGCUCAUGGAUGCGUGGCUCUGAUCACAAGGUUAAUUUCUGACCGUUCCAAAGUGCCAUCUCUGGAGCUGAUUUUCAUCCGCUCGGUCCUGCAGCUGCUGUCCCUCACUGCUGUGUGCUACCACCACGAGCCUCCCUUUGGCCCCAAAGGCUACAGGCUCCGGCUCUUCCUCUAUGGGGUCUGCAAUGUCAUCUCCAUCACCUGUGCCUACACCUCCUUCUCCAUAGUGCCCCCCAGCAAUGGGACCAUCAUGUGGAGGGCCACCACCACAGUGUUCAGUGCCAUUCUGGCUUUUUUACUCAUAGAUGAAGGAAUGGCUUAUAUAGACAUAGUCACUGUCGUUGGCAGUGUGUUCGGUGUUUGUCUCAUCAUGAUCCCCAACAUUGUUAAGGAGGAGAACUCUUUGCUGAGCACCUGGAAGGAAGCUUUUGGCUACACCAUGACUGUCAUGGCAGGUCUGACCACUGCCCUCUCCAUGAUAGUCUACAGGUCCAUCAAAGACAACAUCAGCAUGUGGACAGCGCUGUUCACUUUCAGCUGGACGGGAACAGUGUGGGGAGCAUCCACCAUGUUCCUGCUCCAAGAGCCCAUCGUCCCACUGGAUGGGGAAACCUGGAGCUAUCUCCUUACCAUCUGCCUGUGCUCCACUGCAGCCUUCCUGGGGGUCUACUAUGCCCUGGGCAAGUUCCACCCCGCUCUGGUGAGCACUGUGCAGCACCUGGAGAUCGUCAUCGCCAUGGUCCUGCAGCUCCUUGUGCUGCACAGCUUCCCAGGCACAUGUGAUCUGGUCGGGGCAGUGCUUAUUUUGGUGAGUGUUUUUUUCCUUGCGUGUUAUAAGCUUUCCUGGAAGGAGUUCAGAAGGCAAGAUUAUCAGGAGAUUGUGGAUUUGUCCAUUAAAUGAAUGUUGGUUUUCAGUGUCUGAUUCUGGCUGUGACCAUAUGGAAAUGACUCCUUUCAAUUCCUGUGUCUGAGUGUAGUGGCCAGGCCCUUUCUCUACCAUUUCACUUCUCAGCUGAUGUAGCAAUGCUGGUAUUUCCAGGCUCCCAUGCCAGGUGGAUUUGUUCUGCUGCACACAACCAUUUUGUCAUGCCCAAAAGAGUAGCUCACAGCAUGCACAGCCAGCACAGGCUGGCCCACUGAAAUGUGGGCCAAGCUCUUCUUGACCUUCUCUGGAUAAAGCAAUACACAGGGACUCCAAAGUGACUCUCAUUCAUGUGUGCUGUGGUAGUAGGAAGAUGAGCAGCAAAACCAUUACAACAGUCAACCCAAAUUGUCAUUUCCUCUGUAAUGCUUCUUAAGCUUUGGCUGUCAUAUUCUAAAUGGAGCAAUGCUGAAUUUCUGUGGCUAAAACUUGCAUUUCCUGUGCGUAUAAAGAAGUCAGUAAAGUUUUUUGUGCUUUGUGG